AGAGUCGAAAAGUUUUGAUCGCAAUGUGAUGUAACGGGAAAUUUGGGUUUGUUUACAAGAUGGUAAUUUGGAUUGAUGAAUCCUAUUUUAAUCUAAAUAAUUGUUUAGAGUGUCUGUGUAUUUUGCAAUAGCCCAGCGAAGGGAGAGGCAAUCAACUUAUCAAUCGUAUCCGUUCUGGUGUUUCCAUGUUUUGGUUGACAUUCUCGUUGAGCUACAGAGGAAACAGUCAUGGAUAGGGAGCAAAAUUUAAUAAUAACAUCCAAAGUAAAAGAAAACAUACUGGUGGAAUCAGAAGUGGCGAAGGUUACUCCCCCGGCACGUCGAAAGAAAGCUGAAAAACGCAAUAAAACAGGCGAUAACUCGUCUCUUCCUGCCUGCAGCCAAGGUUCAACGAUCAGUUAUGGCGGUACACACACGCAAGCAGUAGAGAAAUCGCUGAAACAAGAUGUAAAAGAAAACAGAGAGCCUGUGAAUGAAAAAAAUUUAUCAGAGAGAGAAGUGACAGAUACUAAAUCACCUGAAACAAAGAAUGGAGUUUUAAAAGACAGCUGUGUGGGUGAAAUUUGCUCGAGCAAUACAGGUUCCAAUGGGACUUGCGUCGUAAAUUCCUUCGCAGGGUCGCAUGAUGUAGCUGUUAGUGCAAAUGAUACCGAAUCAGUGCUGAGUUCAAAUGGAAAUGCAGAGACUGAAAAAGACUCAAACCUAAGGAACGCGAGUGAAGACGGUAAGAAGCUCCCUCAUGGCUUCGAAAAUUCACGAGAAGAGUGCGUAAGUCCUCAAGAUGAGGAAUCUUUUUUCUCAGCCGGAGAGGAGGCGGAAACUUACCAAGAUAAGUCUGUGACACUGCCUGAAGCUGCGGAAAUUGUGGAAGGAACUUCAACGCAGUCUGAAAACAUUGAUGGCUCUGCUUUAAUAAACGGUAAAAGCAGCAACGAAGGUGAAGAGGCAACUGCUUUGACCGUAGACUGUGAAGAAAUUUGUGAAUUCCAGAAGUCUGACCAGACUAAACAGAGAUCAAUAUUUCAAGCUUCGGAAGAGUCUUCCGAGAAUAUCGGAAACGUUAAGGAGCCCUCUCUGGAUUCCAUCGAUACCAAAACAUCAUCUGUGUUAAAGGAUGAUGCUAAUGUUUCUGACCUUUUCAGAACUGAUUCCCCUGACAGUGAUCUGCUGGUGGAGACAGAGAGUGGUGCAGUAGAGGGAACAGAACCUUGUUUCAGUGAUAGUGAACAGGAGUGGUCUUCGAGUUCCUAUACAAGCUCUGAGGGUGAAUAUGAUGUAGGCUUUGCGGAAGAAGCCCGUGGUAUAAAGGAGGAACAGGGCACUGAACAAGACAACUGCAUUGAUAAAGUGUUCUGUGUAGAGGAAAUCCUGUCAGCUUUCCCAGGUUUUACUCAGAUUGUGAAUGUUACAACAGAUUCUGAGGAUGAUAGUAACAAAGGAGACUCGUUGACCAACACUUUCAAAACAGUAGAGGAUUCUACAAGAGAAAACGAAGGAUUUCCAUUGAACAUUAUGAGUGAUGAUGAUGAUGAUGGAAUACAAAUGCUUUCUCAUUUCCCUCCUUCUGUGUGUCCAGUUAUGGUGGAGAUCACAGCAAAUGAUUCAAUUGAUGAUGGAAACAGUUCAAAACAGUCUUCAAAGGUGGAAGGUGAAUCAUGUGAUGACCAAAGAACUUUAGCAGUAUCCACCAAGGAUGAAAUGGUUCCCACAAGCAAUUCAGAUCAGGGUGGUGAAAAUGUUUCCGAUACCAUUAAUUAUCCCACCAAAAAUGCCCUACUGGAAGAAUCACAUGACACUAAAAUUGUUGAUGAUUUAGAAAGUCAACCAGUUAAAAGGACUGGGUCAUUUUGCUUGAUAAAUAAUGAAGGAGUCUUGAAAGUUGUAGAUACUGGACAAACACCAGUGAAUACAGAAAAUGGAAAAGACGCAAAACUUUUGGAAACAAAUGGUAGAGAGGUGAUAUCCCCUGAUAGCAGAGUCGUACAGUCCAAUUCAGAUAAGGCUAGAAAACAGCUGGGAGAAACAAUAUCUGAGACAUCAGAUCUUGAUAAAGAAUUUCAGAAUGUCUGCAAAAAUAUUGAAAAGUUAGAAAUGAUGAGUGAACAUAAUGUUGAGUCAAGUGAUGAAUUUACAAAUGAAACAAGCAAAGACAGUUCUGGACAAAAUAGAGAGGAUUCAAAAGCCAUGGUCAUUGUUGUUGACAGUAUGGUGUCCACAGAACAAACUACCAAGCUUGAAAUAAAAGGUGUUACAAUAAAUGAAUCAGCUUCAGAGGAUUGUGUGGAUGGACAAAAGGACGAGGAAAUAAAUGAAAGCAAAGAGGAUAUAAAUACUCGAUCUCCUGUUUUGGUGGCUAAAAGACACCCCAAAAGGUUGUUAAAUAUCACAAGGUAUUCCCUUGACACACAGUCAGCAUUACUUAGUCCAGAAGAUGAUGCUCCUGUAGAAUUGAAAAAAAUUCAAAACAGUGGCUCAUUUAAGAGAGGUGGAUCAUCUGCACUGGCAUCUGAAUCCGAGGCAGAUGGAAGGUCACCUGAUGGACAGUCACCUGAUGGACAGCAGCAUGACAAGGUCACACCUUCACCUCCUCCAAGAGGAACUACUAACAAGAAACCCUUAGGACAUUCUUCAUCAUUUAAUACUGCAGCUGUUAGACAAUUACAUCAAAGAGAGGUUGGUAAGCGUUCAAAACGUGGGCGAUCAGAAAGGUCAAUGACACUCCCAAACAAUGUUUUUGAUGUCGCAUCUCGGCUUUUUACAUCCAGUUCCUCACCUGAACCAGUGCACCAGGACCCUGUAACCCUUAUCACAGAUAACAUGCCAGCCACCUUUCCGGGCUUUCCAAUUCAUCGACGUGCACAGAUAGCCUUGGAGUUAUAUACCACAGAGAGGAGCUAUGUCAGGGGGCUGGAAACUGUUGUCCAGUUAUUCUUGAAACCAUGUGAAGAAAACAAAUUGUUGGAAAAAAAGGAGAUUAAAACAAUGUUUGGUAACCUUAAAGAGAUCUUCCAAAUCAAUAAAGAUGUCUUGUUUAAUCUUCUUUAUCUCAUCAACCACUGGCAUGAUAAAGACCAGUGUGUUGGAGAUAUUUUCACAGAUGAGGUUAUUGAAAGAAUGAAGAUCUAUGCCAAUUAUUGUACUAAUUACGAUUCUGCUGAGGCUCUUUACAAGCAAAAGAUCAAGAAGAAGGAAUUUGAAGUGUUUUUAAAUUCAUGUUAUGAACACCCAGUUUGUCAGCCAGGGCUGAAUCUUCCUGCGUACCUGAUUACAGUGGUACAAAGAAUUCCAAGGUAUCUUCUCCUUUUGGAGGAUCUUUACAAAAGGACGCCAGAGAAUCACCCAGACCGAAAUAAAUUGAACAAGGCUUUGACUAAAAUGAGUAAUGUGGCAGUGUUCAUCAACAAUAAAUUACAAACAUCUGUUGGCCAGAAAGCAAUGGUAGAGUUACGAUCAAGGGUUGAAGGCUUGAAGGCAUUUGAAGGUCAGGCUUUAAUCAAGGAAGCUGAUGUGGUCUUAUCAGGCAAGAAGACUCGCAAGUGCUUGCUGUUCGGUGACACGGUUGUGUUUGCUGUGAAAGGUGUCAGCAAGACCAGUGAAGUGGAGCAAACGCUCGAGCUGGCCACAUUGUGGUGCAUGGAUCUUGAAGGCAACAAUCCACAAUCAGGAAAGGAAGACUCUCUUGAAAUUUACACACCAGAGCAGUCUUACAUUAUAGAAGCUGGAACUAAGACAGAAAAGAAAGAUUGGUUGCAGAAGCUUAGGACAAGAAUGGCUAUGGUGUUACAUGGAGUGGAAGCAACAGACAAAUAUGAAAUUGAGACACGCAAAGCUACUUUUAAAUACAAGAAUGAACAAGUCUUUUGUGGUAAUUUUGUAUCAGGAAAAAGAACUGGUGAAGGCAUUCUUUCAUGGCCAAAUCAAGCCAGAUAUCAGGGUAACUGGGAGGAUGAUGAUCGCAAUGGAUGGGGAGAGUUGACAUACAACAGUGGAGACAAGUACAAAGGAGAAUGGCUGGAUGAUAAACAGCAUGGCCAUGGAGUAAUGGAAUAUACUAAUGGUGACAUUUACCGUGGACAGUGGUACGAGGGUGAUAUGCAUGGUCAGGGUACUAUUACCUUCAAGAAUGGAGACGAAUUCUCAGGUCAAUUUUGCCACAAUGAAAUCCAGGGGACUGGAAAAUUGUGUUGUGUCAGUGGUUUGACUUACAAAGGGGAGUGGACGCAUAGCAAGAAACAUGGUAAAGGGACGAUGCAGUCUACUAAUGGUGACGUGUACAGUGGUCAGUUUGCUAAUGACCGUUUCAGUGGGCAAGGAGAGAUGCACUAUGCUGAUGGCUCCGUGUACAAAGGACAGUGGAUGGACAAUCAGCGGGGAGGGUACGGUGAGUACAGAAGGUUAAUCUGGUCUUGGUUUUGAUUUAUCUUAGCGGGGAGGGUAUGGUGAGUACAGAGGGUUAAUCGGGUCUUGAUUUUGAUUUAUCUUAGCGGGGAGGGUACGGUGAGUACAGAAGGUUAAUCUGGUCUUGGUUUUGAUUUA